AUGAAUUAUGUCUACCAAUUCGCGCUGCCGCCAGAGAUCACGUUAGGUCAUUACCUUCUGCAUAGACUGCGGCAGUUGGGAGUUCAUACGAUUUUUGGGCUACCUGGAGAAUUCAACAUGCCUUUACUCGACCAGAUUUACACAAUUCCACAAAUGGUAUGGGCGGGCAACACCAACGAGCUGAAUGCUGCAUAUGCCGCGGACGGGUAUUCGCGCAUCAAACGUCUGGGCUGUCUGGUGACGACUUUCGGGGUAGGUGAACUUUCUGCCGUGAACGGUGUUGCGGGAUCAUUCGCAGAACAUGUCGGUCUCGUUCAUGUAGUGGGAAUGCCACCGCUCUCCGCUCAGGUCAAACAACUAUUGUUGCAUCACACGUUGGGAAACGGGGAUUUCAAAGUCUUUAAUAGACUCGGGAGCGACGUAGCUGAUUACACUACUGUGCUGAACGACGUGGAUACCGCCACCGAGGAGAUCGACAAGUCUCUACGCAUCGCCUUCACUAGACAAAGACCCGUAUACGUUGGCAUCCCAUUAAACAUGAUAAACACGGUCGUUAGCUCGUCCUUGCUAAAUACACCGCUGGAUCUGAGGCCAGCACUGCGCAAUGAAGAGGUCGAAAACGAAUUUAUAGAUAAAGUUCUCAGUGCGAUCUACAAGAGUGAGAACCCAGCGAUCAUUGCAGAUGCGUGCGUCUCGCGACACGGGCUGGUGGAAGAAAUGCAACAAUUGGUAGAGCUCACCAAGUUUCCUGUCUUUUGUACACCAAUGGGAAAGGGAUCUGUUGAUGAACAACAUCCGCGGUUUGGAGGAACUUUUCUUGGCUCUAUUUCUUCCCCGCAGGUCCGGGAAGUCGUAGACUUCAGUGACUUCAUAUUAGUUGUAGGUGCUCUAUUGUCUGAUUUCAGCACAAGCUCAUUCCAUUUCGCGUACAGGACAAAGAACACGGUCUUGUUGUUUUCAAACCACGCCAAGCUGAAAAACGCUUCGUAUCCCGAUCUGGAACUAAAAGUGGCGCUAAAGGUGCUACUUUCGAAGCUAGAUCCUUCCAGGAUUCGUUAUAGACCGCAGGAAUUUUCAGACGUUUUGAAGCCGAAAUUACAUUUAAUGAAUAAUGUUCCAUUGAGGCAAGAAUGGAUCUGGAGCCAAUUGACAUCCUGGUUCAACCCUGGAGACAUUGUGAUCACGGAGACCGGAACAUCUGCGUUUGGAAUCAACCAAAGCAAGUUUCCUAGCCGCACUCGUUGUAUUUCCCAGGCGCUUUGGGGAUCCGUGGGCUACUCUGUGGGUGCUUGUCUGGGCGCUUCGUUUGCGGCAAGAGAAGAGGGCAGCAAUCCACGAGUGAUCCUGUUCGUGGGUGACGGUGCUUUGCAGCUGACUGUACAAGAAAUCUCGACAAUGAUACGUUGGGGGUUGAAGCCGAUCAUUUUUCUGAUGAAUAAUGGCGGGUAUACCAUCGAUAGACUUUUGCAUAAGAAAUCUAAUGCUGGCUACCAAGACAUUCAAUCCUGGGACAACCUGAAGAUACUUCCGACUUUUGGCGCUUCUUAUUACGACACACGCAAGGUCCGGACUGUGGGCGACUUCUUGGCGCUGAUCAGCGAUCCGGGUUUCGCAAUCAAUGACAAAAUCAAAAUGGUGGAAGUUGUUUUGCCUCCUAUGGAUGCCCCGCCAGCUCUGAUGGAGAAAUGGCUGCUUGAGGACAAACCUGUGCGCCUACUGGAGAGUCCUGCAAACGAAUCGCCUGCAGAGGGACCUACUGCGAAGAGAGCCAGACUGGACGGGCAGUUUGGCAUUGACUACGACGAUAUGGACGGUAACGUCAAUUCAGUUCAAUAG